AAAAUUUAACUCUGAAUCGCUUUUGGUUUGCCCAUCAUUGAUUUGACUAUCCAACCGCCGGCUCCCUUUUCUCCAACAGGUUCACCGAUUACACGAUCAAUUGCUUGCAAUUGAGCAAAGGAUAUCCGGUGCUGCUCCUGCACCUUUCUUCGACUACGGUUACCCCUCCAAGUCUUUCGCCCCACUAUGGCCGCCAGCCCGACUGCCCCUCCAACGAGUGCUGGUACACUUAAAUUGAUUGCUCCUUUGACCCCUCCAAGCAGCACACGAACAUGGCUUACCGUUCCGCAUCAUUCGCUACCGCUUGUGGCUACCGCGACUUCCGAUAAGACCGUGCGCGUCUACUCUCUCCGUUCAUUUACCUUGCAUAGUACAGUGUCUGGAGGUCACAAGCGCAGCGUUCGAUCAUGCGCAUGGAAGCCUGGGACAAAAGGCGAAAGCGUUUUGGCGACUGGUAGUUUUGAUGCGAGCGCAGGAAUAUGGAGACGAUGGGAUAUGGAUAUGGGAAUGGCCCGCGAAAGAGAUUUGACAGGAGGCGUGGAUGAAGGGGAUGAAGAGGAGGACGAGGGAUGGAGAUUUUCCGUGAUUUUGGACGGACAUGAGUCUGAGAUCAAGUCGGUUGCGUGGUCCGCCUCGGGGCAGUUCUUGGCAACAUGCAGUCGAGACAAGUCAGUAUGGAUCUGGGAGGAAAUGGAAGACGAUAACUUUGAGACAAUUGCUGUCUUGCAAGAGCACGAAGCCGACGUCAAAUGCGUAGCAUGGCAUCCAGAGGAGGAACUGCUUGCUUCGUCAUCCUACGAUGACACUAUCCGUCUGUACCGUGAAGACAUUGACGACUGGACCGGCAUCGCCGUCCUUUCAGGUCAUGACUCAACUGUAUGGUCCAUUGAUUUUGAGCCGGCAAAACCGGCUCUCAGUGGAGACAGCCAGGCGGACGCCAGCGAUCGCGCCAGAUGGAUUGAAGCGCGGGAAGCUUCAGGUCCGCGUCUGGUUUCUGGUUCAGAUGACAGAACACUUCGGAUCUGGCGGCGCCGGCCGAAACAGAAGCAACCCGCCCCUCCCACUGGACAAGGCCGAAUUCCAAGCAUCAUUCGCACUCAUAGUAUUGAAGAGGAUUGGUACGAGGAAGCUAGACUUCCAGUAGCGCAUGAACGUGCCAUCUAUUCGGUUGCCUGGAGCAAACGCACAGGGAGAAUAGUCAGCACAGGUGGCGAUGGCCGGAUUGUCGUCUACGAAGAAAGAUGGAGCGAACCAAAGGGAAACGAAGAGAAGACAGACGGACUGAACCCUGAGGGGACCGAAGCCUCAGAUCUCCCCGUGGCCAGGACCACUUGGUCAGUGGUUGCCUCUAUUGAGAUGGCCCACGACGUAUUUGAAGUAAACCAUGUCACCUUUGCUCGGCGCUUCGAUUCCGGGCGGACAUCCGAUGAUGAGGAAAUUAUAAUCAGCACUGGUGACGACGGGCAGGUCAAGGUUUGGACGGUGGAGAUAUGAUUUGAUGCCGAUGAUUUAAUGAAGACAAUUGAUGUGAAUAUCAAAAGGCCACGUUGUGUUCAAAGGGAGCGGCAGCCUGCAUAUCUCAUUUGUUUCUCUUAGACAUAGAUUGGAAUAUCUGUGCUUGUUACGACAUUAUUCAGUUCCUACCAGUACUUUCUGGAAGCAAAUACUACAUACCGUUGAUGUAUAUUUCUGCAUCUUCCAGCCUUUGCUCUUUGUCUAUUGAUCUUGGUUGUCGAGGAAAAAAGCAUAUGCUUGCGUUACGGACAGACCGGAUGGGUGAGUAGGGAGAGGCAAUUCAACCCUAUGAAUCUUUGAUGGAGC